AACGCUAGUUAGGUUUGGGACAGAAAUCAGAGAAAUGAAAUAUAAGGCACUGGUAAUGCAGCGUGGGGUGAGUUAGCUUGGGAAAAGGGUGCGCACGCUAAAAACCAGGCGGGGCCGCAACCACCACCACGUAAAACCCCCUUCCAUCACCCUACCAGCACUCCCUUUUUAUUUAAAUUCAAUCUCUAAUAUCCAGAUCCAAUUACUUUUUUAUUUCCUCGAUUAUUGUUCUUUUGUUUGUUUGAAGGAAUCAUGGUGAAAGAAAACGAGGUUGCCGCAAUGGAAAUCGAGGGUCCAAAACCGAACAAUUCUGAUCAGAUCAAUCCGAGAUACUCAAUCAAUGCAUGGAUUGAGGCACGGGGAUUAUGCGCGUUAUCGGAGGUAUUGUACUGCGCGGUUAAGGAGGUUAUACAAAUCAUUGAAGUUUACUCAUGGUCGCGGUAAAUAUACGCGUAGAGCUAUGAAUGAAUCAACUGUUACUGAAGUGAGGUAUCUGCAUCUGGUUCUUUAUACAGCGGAGAGAGCAUGGAGCCAUGCCAUGGAAAAACGACAGCUUCUAGAUGGCCCAAAUGCUAAGCAACGUAUUUAUUUGAUUGGGAGACUGAGGAAGGCAGUGAAAUGGGCUGAUUUAUUCUCAAGAUUAUGCGCUGCCAAGGGAGAUUCCAGAACAUCUUUAGAAGCGGAGGCCUACGCAUCAUGCAUGAAUGGGCUUUUGUUGUUUGAACAAGAUCGGAAUUGGGACACUGCAUUGAAGAAUUUCAUCAGUGCCAGAGCUGUAUAUGAGGAACUUGGGAAAUAUGGAGACUUAGAGAAUCAAGUUUUGUGCCGUGAGCGUGUUGAGGAGCUGGAACCUAGUGUUAGAUACUGCCGACACAAAAUCGGCGAGUCAAAUCUGAAAACUUCUGAACUCUUGCAAAUUGGUGAGAUGGAAGGUCCUGCCCUAGACCUUUUCAAAGCAAAAUUGGAGGCUGCAAUGGCUGAAGCGAGAUCUCAACAGGCUGCAUCACUGACAGAGUUUCGCUGGCUUGGUCACAGAUUUCCAAUUUCGAAUGCAAAAACUCGGGUUUCCAUUUUAAAAGCACAAGAAUUGGAGAAGGAUUUGCAUGGUCCUGCAGCAGAUUCACUCCCAGUUGAGAAAAAAUUAGCAGUCUUUGACAAAAUUUAUACUGCAUAUCAAGAGGCUAGGAGCUUCAUUCGCAGUGACUUGGCCAGUGCUGGUAAUGCCGACAGUGUCAAAGAUGACUUAAAUGGGCUUGAUAAAGCUGUUGGUGCUGUACUAGGACAGCGGACCAUUGAGCGUAACCAGUUGUUGGUUAGCAUUGCCAAGAGUAAACUUGCUAGGCACCGAGAUGACAAAAAUGAGAAAGUUACCAAGCCAGAAGAGCUUGUUCGCUUGUAUGAUCUUUUAUUACAGAAUACAGGUGAUCUUUCUGAUUUAGUUAGUUCUGGAAGAGACCGAAAACCUGAAGAAGUUGCAUUUUCUGAAGACUGUGUUCUUCGUAGUAUGGCUUUCCGAGCACAAAGGUGCUUCUACUUGGCAAAAUCAUACAGCUCAGCUGGAAAACGAACAGAAGCAUUUGCAUUAUACUGCCAUGCUCGAUCCCUUGCUGAGAAUGCCCUAAAGAAAUUCCAAACCAUGAUGGACACUGAUGAGGCAAUGACCAAAGAGUUGAAAACACUAUACAACGAGUGCAGAGCUAACAGUUGCAUAGAGCAUGCAACUGGGAUUAUGGAGGAUGAGAAGGCUCCGGAGAAUCUCUCAAAGAAAAUUUCUACAAUAUCACUCAGCGGAGUGGACAAGAAGGCGGAGAAAUUCCUCGUUGAGAAACUAGAUGUCUACGAGUCUGCUGUUGGUGAACCAAACGUCAAAAGUGUUCCUCGCAUUGGAGUCUUCCCUCCAGCUUUCCAAUCAAUACCUCGAAAUCCUAUUGUUCUAGACCUUGCCUAUAACUGCAUUGAUUUCCCAUCUCUAGAAAACAGGAUGAAGAAGGACAAGAAGGGCUUCAUAAGUAGGCUCUGGCGAUGAGUUCUGUAGAUGAGGCAUUUGAUUACACACCUUCCCCCACCAGAAGAGAAUGGGGGCUAGAGAGAAUUCCUUUUCAAGGCGCUGGAUGUGUUCACUUUGUAGUCAGAGCUGAUGAAUUUUAACUGUAUUUAGUCUAUUGACCGGUUGAUAAUUCUUUUUGAAUUUUGGGAUUGAUAAAAAUUUUGUGCUAAUUUAUUUACAAACUUCAAUAAAGUAGCUAAACAGGGUGGUUGUGCCUCUUA